GAGCACCGACAUAGCGCGCGGAAGAUCGCCCAGAACACCAUGCAUCUGCACCUCCUUGUUCAGAUACCGACACUCCACUCCACGCCCACAGCCAUGGCCAUCCUCUCCACGCCGUCGCCGACGCUCUACGUCUCGGGGCUCGAGACAAAGACAAAGAAGCCGGAGCUCAGGCAGCAGCUCUACGCGCUUUUCUCUCCAUACGGCAGAGUGAUUGAUGUGGUCGCGAAGAAGCAUGACGGGGGAAGAGGACAGGCGUUUGUCGUCUUCGAGGAGCAGGUCGCCGCCACGGCGGCAUUGAGAGGGUUGACAGGCGAAACAUUCUACAACAGGGAACUGAGAAUAUCAUACGCCAAAAAACCGUCGUACGCCACCACCGCCCGUCAAGACCCUUCAGCCUCCCGGGAAGCAGCCGCUAUCCAGGCCGCCAAACUCACCGUUUCCAGAGCCCAAGACGAGUAUGAGCAGCUUGAAAAGGAGAGACACGAUGAAGAGGCCGGUUUCUUGGGCGAGAAGAGAGGCUUGGAAGACGAGGGGGACGAAAGGGGAGCAAAGAGGGUUAAACAGGAGGACGAUGAGGCGAUGGAGAUUGAGAUGGAUGAGGAAGAAGAUGAGGAGAAACCGGUGCUCAUCUGCUCAAAUCUUCCCGCAGAGUGUAAUGCCGAUAUCAUGGGUGCUCUCUUCUCUCAAUAUCAAGGCUUCGUCUCCGCCACCCAACUCCCGUCCUCCUUCACACCUCCUUCCUCCCACCCCAAGCCCAAUCCCGGCGCCGUCUCUUUCCACGCUACAUUCCAGUCAAGGGAUCAGGCCGCCAAGGCAAAGGACGAGGUUAAUGGCUAUCUGAUGCAGCCAGGAUGGGCGAUGACGGCGACUUUGGCUUAGAAACAUUAAAAGCGGGCCGGGGUUAGAUUGGUAUGUACAGAUUUGCAUCCGGUGUAAAAAAAAUGGACCUGUACAACAGAAAGCGAAGCGUUUCGGCCUACUGAGAAAUCUCCUUGUCUCGCUCGUCACCAAGCAACGCCUCCUUCUCCCGCAGUUGCGAACUGCUCGUCGCACUGCCAAACCGCUUGAGCACCUCUGCCGCACGCUUCAUCUCGUUUGAGAAAUCAGUCAUCACUUUUCGAGCUUCCUCUGACGUGUUACGGGUCAGCACAGUCGAUCGAUAGUUGGCAAACUAACCCUGUCUGUGCUCUUCUUCCUCAAUCGCCUGAACACCUUCUAUCAGACUUUGUUGUGCUUGCAAGUCGAGCUGGUGGAAAAUGUAGUGUACGUGGAGGAUGAUAUCGUACCUGAGGCUGUCUAUCAGUUUUACCUUUCGAGUAGUCAUCCUUUUGACCAACGUCGAAGCUAAUGCCUGCUCCGCGAAUUCUAAACCGGCGUCAGCCACUUUGCGUUUUACUCACGAAACCUGGUCUACCUUGCAGAAACGGAACCAUCUCUCCCUGAAUUUCAUCCCAUUUGUCUUCCAGCUCUGUCUUUGAAUCGAAACGGCCAAUCUUUUACAUGACAUAUCAGACUCUCCAUGUAUCCUGAUAAUCGCCCUCGAGACGAGUAACACUUACUUCGGCCAUAGGGUCAAAUUCAGUAUACUCUUCAUUCGUCUGAACAUGAUUUUUUGUUUCAUGCCGCGCCUCAAACGCUUCUUCAUUUUCGGGCCCAGUUGUCAAAGCUAGAGCAUGGUCGACAGACUGGACUGUACCGGUCGAAGCAGGAUGAGGUCGCGCGGUAGGGGAGCUCUCCGGGUGUGGGUCUGAUAGUUCAAAGAAUUCUGGUGAUUGCGUAUUAGACAUUGUAAUGCUGAAGGUAUGGGUCACGUAAAAUAAGGUGAGUGGCAAAGAUGGAGCGUGAAAGAUGAAGACGAGGAGGCUGAGGAUGAACAGGCAGAAAUAGGUGACUGGACUUUAUACGUCUCGCGCUAUUACGCGGUCUGUGCGCCGGGCGUCAAUCGUCAUCCUUCCUUCCUUCCUUCCUUCCUACCUUCUCCCUUCCCAGCCACAUAUUUCUUUGGAUGCUGAAUGCCAUAUACAAGACCCGUGUUCGAGUGCAAAAUGCCAACAUGUAUAUGCAUAUGUCCUA